AUGCCAGGUGCCUCAUUCGCCAUCGUCAACGGCAGCAGAUGGAUCACCGAGGAAGAAAAGCAACAAAACAAAGCCACAAAUGCCGCAGCUAGAUUCAUUUCUUGCCUUGUUCCCUACCUCGACAUCAGCUCCCUUACCGAGUUCACUCCUGGCGUCUGGGGAAGCUUUGUACUAGCCAGAUUCGUCUCUGUCAAGAGUUCUAAGGGGAAUAAAUUUGUAGAAGUCUUCUAUGUCGCAGAAGACCCCGUAAGAAGACGACACAUUCAAGAGCUCGAACGUCAGCUCGACGACCCCAAACGAUUAAUGCGGAUGAAAGAGGCUCGAAUCCUAUACGUUCACCAACCUGGCCCUAUCCCUUCUUCACACCAUGCGGACGACAUUCCACUUGGGGUGAGACACGUGCUACAGAGGCUGAGUUCGAAGUCGGAGUCUCAAGUUGGCCCCCGAGCUUUCAAAAACCCGGCAAAGGAAGAUACAAAGAACAACCUGGAAGCGAUUGAGAUUGUCAGCGAUGAAUCGGAUGAUGACCUAGAAUCCGAAUCAUUCUCCUUUGCUUUGAUCGCAGCCGCGGAAGAUGUUCACGAGGAUCAAGUAGCACACCAUCGGCCUGGACAUCGCUCUACGCUGCGCUUUUGGUCGCACAUCCAGAACUUUACCCCUGCAGAUCAGCAAAAAUCGAAAAUAGUGGUUAUCAGCAAACUUGCAAAGAUCUCUUGGAAAUCUUACCGUGAGGUCUUUUGCAUCAAGCCUUCUUCCGCAGCUGAUGAAAAGGCUCAGGCCGAUGUAUAUGACUUGAAGAACCGGUUGCGCAAAGCGACCAGCGACCUUCUGGCCAUGGGAAUGAUAUUCGUGGAACGCCCAGCCAAAAAGGUUGGCCACAGCCCCCUCUAUCAAGUCUCAGAACAAGAAUUAAAAAUGAUACGACAACUGGCCCUUCCAAAUAUUCUCAAGACAUCAACCACAUCAAAAGCAUUGACACAGCUCCAAAGAUCUUCUCCCAAACGGAAUCCAAUUCAGACGAUCCGGUCACGCAUCCCACCAUUGCGCGCGACACGCUUCAACGAUUCUACCGAAGUCGAAGUUAUAGAUAUUUCAGAUGACGAGGAGGAUGCAAUUCCCGCUCCUGGAUCCAAACAUGCCCCCAUCGACAUCGACGACUCUGAUGAGGACGCCUCCGCACCCUUCUGGUCCGCAGAAGCAGUGCGAUCAAACCUCAUACUAUCGUUGUCUGAACCGCCUUUCGCGCCCGUCGACGCAGCAGCAGAUGAUCUUGCAGGCAGCCUUCUUGAAACAACAGUGUUGCCCAUCGAUUUGGCACUAAAAUCAGAUACUCUUCCCGGUUCGGCACUGAAUUUGGACGAAAUUUCCGAUGAAGUUGUCUCUGCACAAGAAGGAACUCGACCCAUUGUGGCGGCAGAAACUUCAAUUGUGAAAAAAAUAUUACCUUUGACUGAUCAAGGCUCAGAUGUGGACAUGUUGGAUUCCAUGUCCGCAUCGUCUCCAUAUAGCCAACGAGCCUCUAGCACAACACCUCCACGUAGCAGGGGUAGCGAGGACAAUGACCCAACGGAGCACGAAGCGGAUGAGAAUCAAAAUUUGCCUGACACAGCCCACAGCGUCAAGACUUCGUCUGACGACGAACUUUUGCUCAAGCCAAUGCCCAAUCUCCCCACUUCCGAACAAUCAAGUGAUACGGGAGAGGGGUUAGUUGAAGACACAGACUCAUACUCCGAAUGGGCUGGUAGAAUGGCUGCGAGCAUGCACCCAAAGGUUGCAAAGCGAUAUCUUGCAAAGGCCCGCAAAUACCAUCGUGACCCGCUGGAUAGCUCGUUUUCGGACAUGAUGCGCAAUCUCCCGACCGGGUAUCAACGAGCAACGUUCAAUCGAGCCAUAUUCGAGAGCUGGAUUCUUCAAAACACACCUGAAGAGUCCGAGGCGCCACCUAUCACCGUCAAGAAUAAUGUGGACGAUGAACCGUGUCCAGCUUGGGAUUUCACUUAUACAAACGCGCUCAUCCGGGGUGAUGGUGUCCCGAAACCCUUAGCUCCUGAAGUGCAAACGGGGUGUCAAUGUGUCGGAGGGUGUAGGUCAGACUCAAGCCUGUGCGCUUGCGCAAAGAGACAAGAACACUACGCAUUAGAAUACGGGAAUUCCGGCUUCCUUUACGACUCUGAAGGUCGACUGGUGCACACAGAGUUACCUAUCUUUGAGUGUAAUGAUGCAUGCACCUGCGCGAUCUAUUGCCGCAACCGUGUUGUCCAGCGCGGUCGAAGGCAUGCUCUCGAGAUCCGCAAGACGUCCAACAGAGGAUGGGGUGUUUUUGCCAAGGAGCCUAUUCCUGCUGGCAGUUUCAUUGGAGUCUACUCCGGGGAGCUUUUAUUGGACGCCGAAGCGGAAGUUCGGGGAAAGGAACUGAGGGGUCUUAUCUUUGACCAGUACACGAUCGACGCUAUGCACGCAGGGUGCUUCACUCGAUACUUAAAUCAUUCGUGCGACCCAAACAGUGUUAUCGUACCUUGCAUCUUCGGAGGCGCGGACGCAGAAAUCCCAUAUCUUUGCUUUUUCACUAGGAGGGAUGUCGGAAUAGACGAAGAAAUCACUUUCUCGUAUAAAGGAGACAUAGAUGAGGAUGAGGAAAUGGAAUUGGUAGCAGCCCGUAGGCGCACAGAAGCAAAGAAACUAAAGAAAGGCAAGAAGAAAGUUACACAAAACAAAGGGGCACAGCUGAGGAUCAACGUCGAGUGCAAGUGUGGAGCUGCCAAUUGCAACGGCUCCAUUUGGAACUGGAGAAGCUCAUCAAGUGAAGAGGAUGGGUAA